CCUUCAAACUUACAAUGUUGGGCACGGCGUCGUGAGUAAUAAAGUAAUGUCCUGCAAAAGCGAAAGGACAUCAUUGUCCAUUAACUAAUCGAAUGAUCGGUGAGUGCUGGCUGAAGGAUAAUGGCACAUGUUGGGGCAGUAGUUGCAGCGAUGGCCGGUGUGAUGGCCAUUCUGCUUCAUUCUUCCAUUCACAAGAUUGAGGAAGGACAUUUAGCUGUGUAUUACAGAGGUGGAGCGUUGUUGACAACUCCUAAUGGCCCAGGUUACCAUAUAAUGCUGCCUUUCAUCACCUCAUAUAGAUCAGUGCAGACAACUCUGCAAACAGAUGAAAUAAAAAAUGUGCCUUGUGGAACCAGUGGGGGUGUCAUGAUCUAUUUUGACAGAAUUGAAGUGGUCAACAUGCUGGUUCCAUCAGCAGUGUUGGACAUAGUGAAGAACUACACUGCAGAUUAUGACAAGACGGUAAUCUUUAACAAAAUUCACCACGAGUUAAACCAGUUCUGCAGUGUGCACACCCUGCAGGAAGUCUACAUAGAACUAUUCGAUAUAAUUGAUGAGAACUUAAAGACUGAGCUGCAGAAGGACUUGAAUGUUAUGGCUCCUGGUCUCACAAUUCAGGCUGUGCGAGUCACCAAACCUAAAAUUCCUGAGGCAAUCAGAAGAAACUAUGAGCUAAUGGAAGCAGAGAAGACCAGGCUGCUCAUCACUGCUCAGACACAGAAAGUGGUGGAGAAAGAGGCUGAAACUGAGAGAAAGAAGGCAAUCAUUGAGGCUCAGAAAGUGGCUCAGGUGGCGGAGAUUCACUUCCAACAAAAAGUGAUGGAGAAGGAAACUGAGAAAAAGAUCUCAGAAAUUGAAGAUGCUGCUUUCCUGGCAAGAGAGAGGGCAAGGGCAGAUGCAGAAUAUUACACUGCUGCAAAAUUUGCAGAAGCCAACAGGCUGAAGCUGACACCAGAAUAUCUGGAACUGAUGAAAUAUCAGGCCAUCGCCGCAAACAGCAAGAUCUACUUCGGUCAAGACAUCCCAAACAUGUUUGUAGACAACAGUGCCUCCCAUUCGACUGCGGGCCAGGGUGAGGCAGACUCGGCGGAGCAGCUGGAGGCCUUGAGUAUGAAAGAGAGUCUUAAGAAAGCGUCCAAGCCCAAAACCACAGAACGCCACUGAGGGGCCUGAGAGCUGUCCACCCCCUCUUCCUCUGCUGUUUCUCUCUCUCUCUCUCUCUCUCUCUCUCUCUCUCUCUCUCUCUCUCUCUCUCUCUCUCUCUCUCUCUUUGUGGGGCAUGGGUGCUUGUGAGGCAUGCUGACAUGGAUACUUUUCUCUCUUCUUCUGCAGUGGGGUUGGGUUCUUGGCUAACUGUGCUGUGAGUCAGUCAGCUGAGGACACUGACACACAGAGCCUGUGGUUUUCCAGCAGUCGCUUGUGGACUAAAAAUGUCCAGGAACUGUGCUACUGAGUAUUGCCAGGUUAAAUUGGUGCGAUCCAAAUCCGAAUCCCCUCCCUGACUCACAUCAGCAUGCUUUUUCCCCUUUUUUACUUUCAACUUUUGCUUCUCUUUAACAAAUCCAUGCUAAUUAUUUGUUAGAUGCAGAUGCAUCUAUGUGAAGUAUGUGAACAUUUCAAGGUUUACCUUUAUGUGUUGUCUUUUACAUAACUGGAAUUAUAAGGUAUCACACUAAUUGAGAUCAAAGGCAGUGGCCUAUGCAGCUACAAUCUGAUAAAACUCGUUUUGUAGCCAAAAUUUGUCAUCUACUUUUGCUUCAUAUGUUGUUGAAGGGAUUCUUCACCCUAAAGUUUAAAUUCUGUCAUUAUUUAUUUGCCCUCAUGUCAUUCCAAAUCUGUAUGGCUAUCUUUCUUC